CGCGGCCGCCGCCCCUCGCCGCCACGGGCCCCGCCGCCGCGCCGACAUGCGACACCGAUAGCCCGCGCGCUUCGGAAGCACCAGAGGAGCCCCUCGGCCUGGACGCGCCAAGAGGACAGGGGUUAAAAUGAAUGAAGACCUGAAGGUCAAUUUAAGCGGGCUGCCUCGGGAUUAUUUAGAUGCCGGUGCUGCGGAGAACGCGUCGGCGGCCGUCUCCUCCCAGGUUCCUGUCGUAAAGCCAGAGCCAGAGCUGGUUGUCAACCCCUGGGACAUUGUGUUGUGUACCUCGGGAACCCUCAUCUCCUGUGAGAAUGCCGUGGUGGUCCUUAUCAUCUUCCAUAACCCCAGCCUGCGAGCGCCCAUGUUCCUGCUGAUAGGCAGCCUGGCUCUUGCAGACCUGCUGGCCGGCAUUGGCCUCAUCAUCAAUUUUGUUUUUGCCUACCUGCUUCAGUCAGAAGCCACCAAGCUGGUCACAAUCGGACUCAUUGUCGCCUCUUUCUCUGCCUCUGUCUGCAGCUUGCUGGCUAUCACUGUUGACCGCUACCUCUCCCUGUAUUACGCUCUGACAUACCAUUCGGAGAGAACGGUCACGUUUACCUAUGUCAUGCUCAUCAUGCUCUGGGGGACCUCCAUCUGCCUGGGACUGCUGCCCGUCAUGGGCUGGAACUGCCUCAGGGACGAGUCCACCUGCAGCGUGGUCAGACCUCUCACCAAGAACAACGCAGCCAUCCUUUCUGUCUGCUUCCUCUUCAUGUUUGCGCUCAUGCUUCAGCUCUACAUCCAGAUCUGUAAGAUUGUGAUGAGGCACGCCCAUCAGAUAGCCCUGCAGCACCACUUCCUGGCCACCUCGCACUACGUCACCACCCGGAAGGGCGUCUCGACGCUGGCCAUCAUCCUGGGGACCUUUGCUGCUUGCUGGAUGCCUUUCACCCUCUAUUCCUUGAUCGCUGAUUACACCUACCCCUCCAUCUACACCUACGCCACGCUCCUGCCCGCCACCUACAACUCCAUCAUCAACCCUGUCAUAUAUGCUUUCAGAAACCAAGAGAUCCAGAAAGCCCUCUGUCUCAUCUGCUGCGGCUGUAUCCCACCCAGUCUCUCCCAGAGGGCACGGUCACCCAGCGAUGUGUAGCAGCGUUCCAUGUAGGAGGAUCCUGCACACUGAGUUCUGCACUGACCGAGCACUCCUGCUGCCUGGCCAAGAGGCUGAGAUGCUCCCCUCCCUUCUUUAUGUUGGAGUGUCUCUUAACCACAGAACACUUAGCAUUCGUGAAGCAUUCCUUUAGAUGAGUUAAGUGAUUGAAGUGAAAAUCAUGUUACCCAUGUUUUCACCCUUCUAAAAAGAUCGUUGAGUGCUUUGCUCAAUAUUGUUUUCUUUGGGGGUGCGGGGGGGGGGUGGUUUUAUAUUUCCUUUAGAGGACUGCUGGUGGGUGGGAAAGGAAAAGAUAUGAUGUGGCCACGAUAUUAUAAAAGGUAAACUGUCCCAGAGUUCUUACCUGGUCUUUAAAAUAAAACUGAGUUAUUGAGGAAAAUGGAGGAGAAGUUACUUUUUCCGGACUUUUUUUUUUUAACAUCAGGGUAGAUUUUCAGUGCUGCAUGUAUCUAACAGAAUACAGUCUCUUUCAAGCCAAUUAAAAUAGUUUACAUGAUUAUGUUUGGAAGAGACCUGAUUUUAUUAACGUGAACUCAGUAAUAAGUUACCCACACUGAAACCAGGACCCCAUUCUUAUUCAUUCUUUCUUUACUUUUGGCAAUUACUUUUCACAGGAAUUGCUUUGGUGUUUCAAUGAAUGUUGUAACCCUUUCUGCAUGGUUGCCUGUGUCAGCUAGACCACUAGUUUCAAAUGUUGCCAUGUAAAUUCAGAAUCAAAUGAGUCAUUUUUCAAUAUAGGUUUUCAAUAUAUCCUUCUAAAAUGAGUUAGGAAGUUUGCUUUAAUUUACAUAUGAAGUAGGAUUGGUUAGAUUCACCAUUAUAGUUUCUUAAGCUACAGUCUGAUUGUUUUCAGGAAACAAAAGAAAAAAAUUAAUAACAUGUAUUGAAAGUAGAUUAAAUUUAUUUUAGUCUAUUUUGAAAAUAAUUCAAUGUAAAGCUAUCACAAAAUAUGAAAAACAUCACCUUUCCUUUCUCUCUAUAUCUAAGAAUGUAUUAUUAGUUAUUCUUGAUUGAGACAAAUAGAAUUAAAUGUUGUAGACCAAGUAUUUCUGGUUCCUAUUGUCUGUGGUGUGAAAUGCAUUUGAAACAGGUGGUCUAUUUAUCGGUUAGGUUUGUUUGUGAGUGCAUAACAUACAUACCUGACUGUGAUAUCUGUCAGCUAUAUCGUGUAAAUUCACAAGCAGAAUGACCAUGUGGCUGCUCAUGGGAAGAUAAGUUUGAACUCUUCUUCCUUCUUUUCACCAAAAAACAACUUAAAUGCAAUAAAAACUGCAUUGCCUGUUUUCAGAGAGCAAGGAUUUAGUCAGGAAAUGGCACAGAAGAGAUAAUUUUAAACAUAUCGUAAAAUCCUUGCGUCUGGGCAUCACUUCUGUUAGCACAGACAGAUAUUUUGGGCACAGAUACCCUCCCGACAUUUGUGAUGGAUUUAUCGCUGUGUCUCUAGAGCCAGUGGAAGAAUUUCUGUACAGCACAUCGGCUUAGCCCAUUCAGAUGGUGCAAGGCCAGUAUUUCAGAGUCCUUGGGGAAUCAUUUGUAAUAAAUUAACCUCAUUGGUUUGUCCCAAAUGUUAUGCCCAUGGUGGUCUCAGGACCAUUCUGGCAGCCCGCAUGCUGAUGCCAUCUCUCCAAAGCCCCUUCUUAUGUAGCACAAGUGUGGAUAAAUCCUGUACUUGGAUCUGUGCCUCCUCCCUCAGGUUGCUUACAGAAGCAGUGGAGGGACUGAAAUGUUUCAGAAGGGAGAAAGCAUUUUCAAUACGUAUCACUGUAUGAUCAAUUCCAUCAAGUCGAUGCCUUUAAAAAAUUCUUCAACAUAUGAUGGAGUUGGUAAUUGAAUUUGAUGAGUCUGUUUGUUUUUAACCAUUUAAAAGUUAAUAUCAUCUCCAUGUGAGAAAUGACUAAGGUAAGUUGGUUCUGACAUGGGCUGGGAAAUAGAUCCGUGGUGAGAUUUUAAAGCAAUAAAUGAUGCUUUUGUAGAAAUGGGUGGUUCCCAUUUGCAUGUCUCUAAUGCUAAGAAUUAUAAUGAUAAUAAUAUGCACUGUGUUCACAACAUGUUGAGUGCCAGGCCCUGUGCUGGCUGCUUUACCGGCUCUGGGGCCAUAAUCACCCAAACACACUUUUACAGAUAAGAAAACUAAGGCUAGGAGAAGCUAAGAAAUUUAUCCGAGGCCACAGAGCUUCAAGGGUAGAACUCGGAUCAGAACCCAGGUUUUCCAGAGUCCACGCCUGUCUCGACCCUGCCCUGGGCUGCCCUUGAUGCCUCACCGGAUAUGAGGGCUGAGGGAAAUGAUGUAUAACAUGUUGCUGUCACUCGGUUUUACGUCUACAAGUAAGACAUUAGCUUCCUGUUUAAAAUUACAUGUGACGUGACUGUCAACGUGGUGGGACAUGAAAGAGGUCUGUUUUCAGUGUUCUCUUCCUCACUAAGCAUUUUCCUGCCUUUGGAGCCAACCCCCAGAGCUCUGCACGUUGCAAUAUUUUUGUGCAAAGGGGUGAGGGCACUCUUAUUACACAGAGAGCUUUCCUUCAUUUAUUAUUUUAAACUUCAUAUGAUACACUUCCUUCAGGAUGUAAUGGUCUUAUAAGUACCAGUUAAAUGGUUGCUAUUGACCCCUGUUUUUAAAGCAUCUGAUUUCAACUAAGAUUUUUCAAUUCAACUAUAACAUGUCCUUACUGUUUACUUUAAAUUGUGAAGAUUUUUGGAUGUUUAUGUGGUUUCCUACAAGGCUUCUUUGCUUCUAUGGGGUUAAGAAGAAGUGUGCACAUGUCUUGAUAUAUGUGUAUAUGUUUAUGUAUGUGUGUGCUUGUAUACAUAUAUAUGCAUAUAUGUUCAAUAACAUUAACUUUGCAACAGGACUAAAUACAUCAUGGAGAACAAUCAUGUUUCCUACUGUCCUGAGGUAGCAUGUCAUCUUUUACCCAUGUGCUUAACAUUUUUAGCUACCAAGGAAUUUGUAUUAUUUCCAGUAGAAAGAGUUAUCCAUGUAAGGGGGACAAUUCAGUGACCUGCCAGGAUCCUUGCUGGAGGCUAAUUACCCAGGUUGUGGCUGUCCAGGGUUUCGUUGCCUUUUAUCCCUGUAACUUUAUUUCUUUGCGUCAGCCAGGUUUGUUUCUUGAUGGUGAAUGGGGCCAUCUUCCUUCCUGGUUCCUGGAGGCAGAGUGGGGUGGGGGAGGAGGGGAGCACCUCCUUCCCGGGAGCCUCAAUUGAAGGGCUCUGCUCAGGAGGGGAGAAUUCCUCAGUUGACUUGGUGUGAAGGAACGGUCUUGGAGUCUCCCAGAAUUUAAAGCAUGAUUUAAAGGAGUUUAAAAGAAAAGAUGAGAAAUAAAGAUAUUUAGUGCCAACAAAAGUAUCUUGGAGACUUGGUAAACUUUUUUUUAGAGAAAUGCUUAAUCUAUUAAUAAAAUAAUUGACUUUAUUUCAUGACAUUAGGUUGACUUAACCAUUUCCGAUGUAAAAUACAUAUUAAGUACGUGACUACCGUGGUGUCAUAGUGAAGAGUGUUGUGUUUCCACUUUGAUUCUAUGCCUGUGGUAAUAAAGGAACAGAUUGAUUUCUUGCCCACUUCAAAAUUUUAAUGAUUUUUGCAUGGUUUUGAUAUCUGACUGGAACCUUAAAAUUGGGUUAGAACUUCUGGAAUCACCAAAUGUAGUUUAUAUACAUCAAGGAGGUAAAAACAUGGUUUGAAUUAGCAGACAGACCUGUCCUCUAGCAAACAAUGCAGAAAAAAAAGAGUGGUAAUUUUGACUAAGGAUCCUCGAAUUUUAGGUGUUUAAAGGGCAUCUAAUUCACCUGAGAAUCUUGUUGAAAUGCAGAUUCUGCUUUAAUAGGGCUGAAGUAUUGCUGAAUUUCUAACAAGCUCCCAGCUGGUGCUGAUGCCGAUGGUCUGUAGACAACGCUUCGAGUUGCCAGGACAACUGUCAUACCCUCAGCAUCUUAUAAAAAAACACAAAAAACUGUGUGUGUG